CCGGAAAAAGGCUCCACUAAGUGCCCCCUCGGGGCUGGGUUCACCCCGCGCUGCCCAAACUCCUCGGUUAGAGGCUGCAGCCUGGGUUCCGCUGCGUGCUGAUAACUUCAGGGUCGGGUUAUUUAAAAUGAGAGGCAGUUUUCUAUUUGAAAGCAACUUUGUCCUUCGGCUUUUAAACGCGUGUUGUUAUGUCAGUGCUAUCUCGUGCAGAAUCUGACUCGGUCGGGGUGCCGCCGCCCGAGGGCUGGCACCGUAUCUCGGCGGCAGCGCUGCUCUCCGUGGGGCUUCGUUUCCUCCCUCGUGUGGCUGCGCUCACUGAAGAAGCCGCUUUGCCUUCCUGUUUUGGCACGCUUAGGAGCUAACGUGGAAACAACCCCUGGGGCUCGGGGGCUGCACGCGGGGUGGGGGAUGAGUCCGUGAGGCUGAGGUCGUGCUCACGGAUGGAAUCGGUGUAGGAGACGGCGUUACACGGCGUUCCCUCCGGGUGCGCUAAGUGCUGCGCAGCUCUUUCCAUGGGACUUGUGUUCCGAGCGCUGCUGAGAUUCACAGAGCAGCAUGGACCUCAGCAACCCCCAGGAACAGCCCAAGGCUGCAGAGGGACAGGAGGUUCUGGCCGAGUGCAACCCAAGCAAAGGGCAGGAGGCGGAGGGCACGGAUAAUGCAGAGGAGCUGAAGGAGCACAGUCAAUCCAACGGAGAAGCAGGAGAUGAUGUUAAAGUGAAAAAUGAAUACGGCGACAGAGAGGAGGGUGCUUUAAAUUCUGAGCGGAUGGAAAACCCGGAAGAAUCCGAAAUACCUUACAGCUACCCCAGAGAAUACAGCGAAUACGAAGGCAUUAAGCUGGAGAGACACUUGGGCUCCUACGACAACGCCAGGCCAGCGAGUGGGAAGAUGACCUGCGACAUCUGCGGCUUAGCCUGCAUUAGCCUCAAUGUCCUGAUGGUUCAUAAGCGUAGCCACACCGGUGAGCGGCCAUUCCAGUGUAAUCAGUGCGGAGCUUCCUUUACUCAGAAGGGUAACCUCCUCCGCCACAUUAAGCUACAUACAGGGGAAAAACCUUUUAAAUGUCAUCUUUGCAGUUAUGCCUGCCAGAGGAGGGAUGCGCUAACGGGUCACUUAAGGACACAUUCUGUGGAGAAGCCCUACAAGUGCGAGUUCUGCGGCCGGAGCUACAAGCAGAGGAGCUCGCUGGAGGAGCACAAGGAGCGGUGCCGCACGUACCUGCAGAGCUCCGGCGGGUGCGAGCCGGCCAACGUGGAGGCAAGGCACAUCAAGGCCGAGAUGGGGACCGAGAGAGCCCUGGUGCUGGACAGGCUGGCGAGCAACGUGGCGAAGCGAAAAAGCUCCAUGCCCCAGAAGUUCAUUGGCGAGAAGCGGCACAGCUUUGACGUUAAUUACAACUCACCCUUCAUGUACGAGAAGGAAGGCGACAUCGUGCAGGGCCGCAUGAUGGACCAGGCCAUCAACAACGCCAUCUCCUUCCUGGGGGCCGAAGCCUUGCGCCCGCUGGUGCAGACCCCCCCGGCGCCCACCUCCGAGAUGGUCCCCGUCAUCAGCACGCUGUACCCCAUCGUGCUGCCCCGCGCCGACCUGCCCAACGGCAGCGACGACAAGAGCCACGUCCCGCUGCGGGAGCGCGGCCUGCCCUCCGACAGGGCCCCGUCCCCCAACAACAGCGGCCACGACUCCACGGACACGGACAGCAACCACGAGGAGCGGCCCAACCCCCCCUUCCCGCAGGGCCCCGGGCUCCCCGUGCCCCGUAACGGCCUGCCGGCCCUGAAGGAUUUCCCCCGGCCCUACGACAUCAUCAAACCGCCGGCCCUGUGCCCGCGCGACGGCUUCAAGGUGAUCAACAAGGACGGGGAAGCCAUCGGGGCCUACCGCUGCGACCACUGCCGCGUGCUCUUUUUGGAUUACGUGAUGUUCACCAUCCACAUGGGCUGCCACGGUUUCCGCGACCCCUUCGAGUGCAACGUCUGCGGGUACCGGAGCCACGACCGAUACGAAUUCUCCUCGCACAUCGCGCGUGGGGAGCACCGCAUGGUGCUCAAAUAGACGGACGGCCCCGGGGCCGCGGGGAGCCGCGUGGGCCGGGCCUAAAAGAGUGCCAGGAAUCAUCCCCUCCCAUGUUUUUUCUACACCAAUUUUUCAAUGAGCGCCCGAAGGAGGCGACGCCUUUGUUAUUUUUUAAUUUUUUUUUUUUUUAAUUCUAUUUUUUUUACAGAAUUAUUCAGUGUUUUGUAGCAUCCGUGCCUAGCUGCUGUGCUGAGCGGUACUGUACAAAUUCCAGAGGCAGAGACCGGUUUUUAUAUGAACUUGGUGAAAACGAAGAGCGAUUUGAGAUGUUCUUUAUUUUUUUUAACGUGCAUUUCUUUUCACGACGUUUGCUUGAACAGCACAAGAGGCUUUCGUUCCCCGCUGCCAGCUGCUCUGCUUGGUCAGAUGUAGAGGAAGAGCUCGUCCUUGCUGUUCCAGCCCCGAUGGGCUCAUCACCAACACACAGAAAACUUCUCCUGGGAGGGAUCAUUCAUUCACGUGUAGAGGUUUUCCCUAACUCUGGAGCGCACACGGUCCCUUCCCGCUUGCCUUACUUCUCCCCGCUUUCUUCGCAGCCCCUCCCCACGUGCAUCUCACUCAGAGCAAAAGGAGCAGAAAAGCCCUACGUUGGGGCUGGGGUUUUUCAGCAACGCGGAGCCGGUUGGCUCCCCCCACGUGCCAGCUGGGGGAAAUCCCCAUUUCCAUGGAUGGAAAGCCCUCCUGCCCGACGCGUGCCAUGGAGGAGGACGGCCCUGCUGUGCCCUCUGUGUCCCCGUGGCCUCCGGGCACGGAGCUGCCCAUCCCACAGCCCAGUCCUGGGAGACCUCAUGCACGUGUGUGUGCAAGUGCGCGGCUCCAUCGCACCGUCUGGGUUGACGUGGGGAUAUCCCCCGGGGCCGAAGGCGCUGUUCUGCAGCACGAGCACCGGCGAGGACUUUGAAGCUGGUUUUUAAAAUAGCUCUUCUCGUCUAAUCGCUGCUCUGCAGCUGUAUCAUUAGUCACGGUGCGGGAGAUGGGUGUCUGAUAACGGUUCUGCUGAGCGCGGCUCUUCCUGGCACAGUGUUUCUGCAUGGCGGAGGGUGGGAUGUGUUCUGAUGGAAUUUUGCCUCCCCUGUGUGGUUCCAUACCAGCGCUGCUUUGGUAUUUAUCAGCGUCCCAGCGCUGAUAGCUGCUGUGGUCCCUCUGUGAAGGGGGGGUCGGGGUGCAGAGCUCUGGAUGGGGUGCAAAGGGUCAGACGUACCCAGUGUUGUUCUGCCUUUGGCCUUGCUCUGUUCCCUUGGGUACUCCCUCCCUAAAGUUCAAGGUACAAAAAUGGAAAUUCAUUUUUUUCCCCACUAAUCACAGCAUCAUUAUGGUUGGCAAUGACCUCUAAGAUCGUCAAGUCCAACCAAGGCCACGUCCGAGGAAGGGCGGAUGAGCUGCCUUGCAGAGCGCUGCAGGAGUGCGAGACCCUGCUUAUCCUUGGUGGCAAAGAAGGAGAGCUGGUUUGAUGCUUUGUGCUUGGGAAGGCUCAGACCAGUCCCGUCCUCAGCCCCCGUUCCCUCGUGCUGCGCUCCACGGGGAUGCAGCAGCUCCGUGCACACCAAUCCUCACGCAGCAAAACACACCUCACCAUUCACAGGGGGAGCAGCACAGAUUGCAGAGCACGUGUCACACUGGUUUCUUUCUCGCAUCACCACUGAACCCUGGAAAACCCCUCAGUUGCCCUUUGGUCCCCUCCAGGCAGGACCCCACGCAACCCACGGCCUCAGGACCUCAGCAGGAGCUGUGCUGUGGGUUCUGCGGGGCUCGGGAGGAGGGAUGGAGCUUCCCACAGCCCGAAGGCUCCGUUCCCCACUGCAGCACCGUCGUGUUUUCAUGCUCUUGGGACAGGGCUCUCGUUUCGGUUCAGCCCGCGCUGUCUGGCAUUCAUGAGUGGUUGCUCACUGCUGUUGAACAAUGACAUAAUGUGGAACUUGGACCCAGUCAUCUAUUAAAAACAAUGUGUAUUUCC